UACUCUCUUCUGACUUAUAUUUCAGGGAUGGCUUUGACUUUUGAGUGGCUUUUACAACUUGUAACAGCUUUUAUUUUAUAUAUGUUUUAAUGUAAUUUCCAGUACCCCAAAGCUCAGGGUGCAAUGGGAAGAAGUCAAGGAGAUUUUGUGUACCCGCAGGGCCAGGGUGCCAUGAGCAGUGGAUGUGUGUGGGAUUUUGACCCCACCCCAAAGGGCAAAGUGCCAUGGAGUAUGUGUGUGUGUGUGUAUCUGUCUGUCCAAGGCACACUUGCAGAGGGUAAGAAGCCAGUAGACAGUGGGUGGGUGUGGAAUUCUGGCACACACCAGUGGCCAUGGACAGUGGGUGGGGUGGGAAUCCUGGCACAUAUAAGGGACAGGAAAGGGUCUGUGCUGCGGGUCACCAGCCAAGCUGUGCCUAUUCAGUGACGGCAGUGGGAAGUUUUCCUGGGAUGUCAUCCUGCUGGCUAUAGAUAGCAACCCCAAAGCUCCUUAGAGAGAAACCUCUUACCAGUCACUUUCCACAAAUGGUACAUACACCUAAAGGUACUUAGCGAAAAUCCUUGAGAGGUAUUUAAUGCUAAAGCAGCUAGUCUCCUCAGUGUCUCUCUGAAGCCCACACAAACACACACAGGCAGGGAGAGGUGCAAGACAUCCCAAGGACCAGUGAGUGGCUUUGCCGCCCCAAGAGCUCGCCAAGAUGUGUGACAUGGGGGGCCUGGACAACCUGAUUGCCAACACAGCAUACCUGCAGGCCAGGAAGAGCACAGAAGGGGACACCAAGGAGAUGCAGAGGAGGCGCAAGAGCCUCUCACUGCCCAAGCCUGAGCAGUGCACAGAGGUCAGGCAGGCCCUCCCGGCUGAGUAUGAGAGCAUCUGCGAGCAGCAGCCCAUUGGCAAAAGGUUCUUUAGGGAUUUCUUAGAGACCAUGCCUGAAUACCUGGUGGCCAAGGACUUCCUGGAUGAGGUGUCCAACUGGGAGCUGGCAGAGGACAAUGCCAAGAGUAGCAUCAUGCAGAGCUUGGUCACCAACUUCCUGAAGUCCGGCUCCAAGGGCUACCUAGCCUUCAUGAGCUCAGACCUGGCCAGCAAGUGCCAGGCUGCCACUGAGAAGGACUAUGAGAGUAUCAUGCAGCUGGCCAAGGAGGAGACCAAGGCCUUCCUCCGGGAGAAACCCUUCCAGGACUUCCAGAGAACCCCCUUCUAUGACAAGUUCCUGCAGUGGAAAGUCUUUGAGAGGCAGCCAGUGAAUGAGAAGUACUUCUAUGAGUUUCGGGUGCUGGGCAAAGGUGGCUUCGGAGAGGUUUGUGCCAUCCAGGUGAAAAAUACUGGCAAGAUGUAUGCCUGCAAGAAACUGGAUAAGAAGAGGCUGAAGAAGAAAGGUGGGGAGAAGAUGGCUCUGCUGGAGAAGCAGAUCCUGGAGAAAGUUAACUGUCCUUUCAUAGUCACCCUGGCAUAUGCCUAUGAAAGCAAGAGCCAUCUGUGUCUUGUUAUGAGCCUCAUGAAUGGAGGGGAUCUUAAAUACCACAUCUACAAUGUGGGAGAGAGGGGCUUGGAAAUGAACAGGAUCAUCUUUUAUUCGGCUCAGAUCACCUGUGGGAUUCUGCAUCUCCACUCCAUCAGAAUCCUGUACAGGGACAUGAAGCCAGAAAAUGUUCUCCUGGAUGAUAAUGGCAACUGCAGAUUGUCUGAUUUGGGCUUGGCAGUGCAAGUCAAAGAGGGGAAAACCAUCACCCAGAGGGCUGGGACUAAUGGUUAUAUGGCUCCUGAAAUCCUGAAGGAAGAGAAUUACUCCUACCCCGUGGACUGGUUUGCUAUGGGAUGUAGUAUUUAUGAGAUGGUUGCGGGUCGAACUCCAUUCAAGGAUUUCAAAGAAAAGGUCAAUAAGGAUGAAGUGAAAAAAAGAACCUUGGAAGAUGAGGUGAAAUUUGAACAUGCCAACUUCACAGCGGAAACAAAAGAUAUUUGCAGGCUGUUCUUGGCCAAGAAAUCAGAGGACCGUUUAGGAAGCAGGAGCAGUGACGACGAUCCAAGAAAACAUGCUUUCUUCAAAACAAUUAACUUCCACAGGCUGGAGGCAGGCCUCAUAGACCCCCCUUUUGUGCCAGAUCCAUCAGUUGUCUAUGCCAAAGAUGUUGCAGACAUUGCUGACUUCUCUGAAAUCCGGGGGAUUGAGUUUGAUGACAAAGAUAAGCAAUUCUUCAAGAAAUUUGCGACAGGUGCUGUCCCUAUACCAUGGCAGGAAGAAAUUAUUGAAACAGGACUGUUCGAAGAACUGAAUGAUCCUAACAGAGUAGCUACUGGGGGAUGUGCAAACGGAGGUGAAGCCAAGUCAGGAGUUUGUUUGUUGUUAUAAAUAUCACAUCAUUAACAAAAAGGGUGAAAAUGUACCACACAAUUUUCCAAAUUCUAACAGUGUUUCAAAAACUCAGCUAAGCUGUUUAACAAGAACCGAUCAACCUAAAAUAUGACCUCAACAGGACAAGUAGGAGCACAAGCUGAAUAGACAUUCUACUACUUUGUUCUAGCAACAGAGAAUCUAUUUAUUGUGUUGGAAGCUAUCAAGAUAAAGAAUCAGGUUUAUUUUAGGAAACAUAGAAGGAUAGCACUCCAUCACUCUGUGUAUGUGAAAUAUGAAAGCAAUAACAGGGUGAGGAGGCACUUGUUCUGAAAAUGAAUGAGUCUGCCAUUAUAAUACACUCAUUUCCUUUCUUGAUCUCUCUCUCCUUUUCUUAAUUCAAAUGUUUCCCUUUGUUCUAUAGUUUUCAAUAAAGGCUUUUAAAUGAUGAAGUAAUACUCUCAGUAAUUAGACAAUGAAUUUGGACUUCAUGAAUCAGAGCAAACUUAAGAAUCUUUUGGUUAUCUUGAUUUCUGAGUUCACCUUAGUCACUGAAUGAUUUAGUAAUAAUAUGUCCAAGUUCUCAUUAAUGUAAAAAAUUCAGUAGGAAUAAGGACGGAAAGAAUAAGUCAAAUUCUCCUCUAUCUUAACUUAAUCAGACUGAGGGUGAACUAGUGAAAUUGAGAAAAGAAAUUUACUUAAUAUUGUGUAAGCUUAUGCUUUUGAGUAGUUAUAUUAUAGCUUAUAUGAAGAAAUUGAUGUUUGUGAAUGUACAUUCAUUUUUUUUGUUACCAAGUUCAACUUUCCAUCAGGUUUCCUGAUAUAUGUGUCUAUAUUUGGUUUAAACUGUAGUUUAAAUUAAACUACAAAUAGAUCACACCAGUUUGUAACUGGCCUUUAAAAAGAGAAGUUUCUAAAUAUAAUAGCAAUGUUAAUUCAAUCAGUCACAAAA